CCAGAGUUCACCGUGUCCUGGACAUACUAGUCGCCAGUGCGGGACUUAUAUGUGACCGGUGUGGUAAGAUCAAAACCAUGGAGGUCUACCCUAGGUCCUCAUGGUUUUUGCUGCUUCUUGGAGCCGCCUUUGUAGCUGCUACCUUACACGAGACCCCUGACUGUCCACCAACCGAUCAAGUGUCAUGCGUGAAUGGAAUUAAAUGUAAUUCAAUCGAAGACUGUCAGAAAUCUGAAUUAUGUUGUCAAAGUCCUUGUUAUACGAAACGAUGCAUACCAAUAGGUAAAGGUCUUCAAGGUGCAGCUGAAACUGAUGGACCCACCGAAUCCGACUGCCGACCUUACAUCGAGAAAGCUCUGAAAGAGCUCGAGACUGGUGAGGUAGUGCCAGGGCAACCGGAAGACAAAGACGAAAGCAUUGAAGAUGUUCCCACCGUGGAAAUAACUGACGACUCCAGCCGCCAAGAGGAGGAUAUUGGCGGCCAAGGAGAUGCUAGCGAUGAAAUCGAAAAUGCAAACGAAGCUGACGCUCGAUCUGUUGAACAGGACGAUGAAAUUCCCGUGGAGGUAACGACAAGCGACGAAGUAUCUGCCGAAACUGACGGUCAAGCGCCAAUAGAUGGCAGUCCAGAAUCGAUCGAACAAGAGCCAACGCAAAGUAAAGAAAGCAUUGAACUAACCGAACAAGUAAGUAAAGAAGACGUAGAAGAAGAAAUUACUAAACAAGUCGUAGAACAAGUUGCCGAAGCAAUAGAAGAAAGUCGGGAAGAAAUAAACGUUGUAGGUCAAGCUUCCCCCGAAGAAGAAAGUCAAGAAAAGAGUAUAGAAAAAGAGCAUAGCCAGGAAGAAGAAACUAGCCAGGAAGAAGAAAAAAGCAAAGAAGAGAAACAAAGCGCCGAAGAAAAAAGUCUAGAACAAGAAGAAAGCAAAGAAAAGGAAGAAUCGGAAGAAAAGAUUACUGAACCUGCUCUUCAGAGUAUCGAGGAAGAAAGUAUAGAAACCCAUGGAGAAAAACCAACUGAUGUUAAUGAUCAAAACGUAUCUUCGGAGAGUGCUGAAAAGAGUGGUUGUCCUUCCCCUGAUCAGGUCUCGUGCACUGAAGGAGAUUUGUGCAGUAAUCAUCGACAUUGUGGCGAAAACCAAAUAUGCUGCGCUAACAAAUGUUAUAGAAAACGUUGUGUUGAAGGUGUAGCACCACAAGAAGAAUUAGAUGCCGAAUCAGAAUCAGAAGAAUCCGAAACUGUUCAAUUAAAAAAAGUUGUAUCUCCAACCACACUGGAAAGUGGAUGUCCAGCACCCAGCGAAGUUUCAUGCCAUGAAGGCGAACUCUGUAACAAACAUCGCCAUUGCGGUGAAGACCAAAUUUGCUGCCCUAAUAAAUGCUAUAGGAAGAGAUGCGUUCCUGGUACAGCAACAUCUGCCGAACUAGCAGACGAAUCUGAUGAGAGUGUUGAAGAGAGUGUUGAAACACCUUUAGAAAGUACAGUUCCAAAGACACCAGAUACUGGCUGUCCUGAAGCAAGCAACUUAGCCUGCAAGGGGUCACAAUUUUGCACUAAACACAAGGAAUGUGGCACGGAAGAAAUUUGUUGUCCAAACAAAUGUUACAGAAAGAUAUGUACUCCUGGUACUGCUACUGAAGAAGAAUUAGCUAAAGAAGAAUCAGAAGAAGCUUCAGAGGAACGCAAAGAUACUAAGAAAUCAGUUGAAAUUAUCAAACGAAAAGAUACUGGUUGCCCUGAAAGAGAUGAAGUGCCAUGUUCAGGAGCUAAAUGCGCCAAAAAUCGACACUGUGAAACAGGAGAGAUUUGUUGCUCAAGCAAAUGUUAUAGAAAAGUAUGUAUCACUGGGACACCGGGAUCUGAUGAAGAAGAAGAAUCAGAAGAAAUAUCUGAAGAAAAAGAAGUAGAAGCCCAUUCUGAAUCAAUCGAAGAAGGUGAUUGUCCAUCGCCUGACAAAGUAUCGUGCAAAGAGGGUCAAAAAUGUGGAGAUGACGAAGAUUGUGACGAUAGUGAAAUUUGCUGCCCCAAUAAAUGCUACACUAAAAAAUGUGUUACUGGUGCUCGAAAAGAUCAAGAACCAAGUAGGGAGCUGCAAAGAGAGAAAAGGGAACAGCCUAGAGUGGAAAUUAAAGAAGAUACUAAACCUAAAGAGAAACCAGUAUCUCCUCCUCCUCCUCCACCGCCUGUUCCUAAACCUGCUGUGGCUCCCCCUAAACCAGCUGCUGUUCCACCAUCCAUACCAGCAGUUCCGCCACCUAAGCCAGUUGCAGAACCACCAAAACAAAGCAAAACUCCAGAAAAACCAAAACCAAUUAUUGAUGUUUCCCCUCCUGAACCCAUUGUUCAACUUCAGGAAGAAAGUGUAGAACAAGAUGAAGGUCAAGGACCAUUAGUAGAGGAACUUUCAUUAGAUGCAGGCAUUCCUACAGAACUGAGGCCAAGAGAACAUGUAGAACAUUUACUCAAAUUAGACAGAGAGUCGUCGAAACUAGAGGAAGUACAAAAUAAAGUAUACGAAGAAACGCUUAAGGAAUUGAAGAAAGUAUACGAAAAUGCUAUUAAACCUCUGGAAGUGGUGUACAAAUAUCGGGAUUUGAGUAAUCGUCAUUUCGGUGAUGCCGAAAUCUUCUCAAAGCCUUUAAUUUUGUUUAUGGGUCCUUGGAGCGGAGGCAAAUCUUCAAUUAUAAAUUAUUUGCUUAACAACGAAUAUAACGAAACUUCACUUAGAACAGGUGCAGAGCCGUCACCAGCGUAUUUCAAUCUGCUGAUGUAUGGUGAUGAGCCUGAAAUUAUCGAUGGAACUGAACUUGCCGCUGAUUUUACUUUUUCCGGCCUUCAAAAAUUCGGACAAGGCUUAGAAGAACGUCUUAGAGGCGUAAAACUGCCAGCCAAGCUUUUAGAAAAAGUCAAUAUAGUCGAAAUUCCCGGAAUUUUAGAAGUUAGAAAACAAGUAUCCAGAGUAUUUCCUUUCAACGACGCUUGUCAAUGGUUUAUCGAUAGAGCGGAUAUAAUAUUCUUAGUGUAUGAUCCGGCUAAGUUAGAUGUCGGCCCUGAAACUGAAGCCAUACUCGAUCAACUCAAAGGAAGAGAACAUCAGACUAGAAUCAUUUUGAAUAAAGCGGAUCAAGUGAAACCUGAGGAGCUGAUGAGAGUUCAAGGAGCAUUGAUAUGGAACAUUUCUCCUUUGAUGUCAUCACCUCAACCUCCAGUAAUGUACACUACAUCUCUCUGGUCGAAACCUUACGAACCAUGGGCCCCUACAAGGCUCCUUCAAGCUCAAGAAAGGUCAUUUCUAAGAGACCUAAGGACUGCCGUCGAUAGACGUGUUGAAAAUAAAAUAGCCAGUGCACGUAGAUUUGCUGUACGUGUUAGAAACCAUGCCAAAAUGGUAGAUUGUUACUUAACAACAUACUACAAUCACAAAUCAGUGUUUGGUAAUCGAAAACAAGUUGCGAAUGAAAUCAUCGAACACCCUCAAAACUACCACAUAUACGAGGGCCUGUCUACAUUAACUAACAUAUCACGAUACGACUUGCCUGAUCCCGACGUCUAUAAAGACUUCUUCAAAUUAAAUCCUCUGUACGAGUUUCAACAGCUCUCUGCAACUUGUACUUAUUUCAGAGGUUGUCCAAUAAAUAGAUUGGACAUCGCAAUCGCCUACGAUCUUCCCGAAUUAAUAGGGACCUACAAAAGGAACUUGGAAGAAGGCCUGACUGCGUCGAACAAGGCGCCAGAAGCUAGUCCGAAAAAAUCGAAAAAAUCAGCUCCGGGAAGUUGAACGAGAGAAGAAAUCAAUGAAAUUAAAAAUGAUGGAAAUAAAUAAAGUAAUACGUGAGGAGUGUGGGGGGAGUUCGGAAGAAAUCACGUUCUGUACUGCCAUUAAAUAAACUGUUUCUUAACGAAGACAUGUGUGCACAUUUCUUUCUACAAUACAAAUUGACUGUACCGAUAAUGCUUACCUAGUCCGCAUUUAAAAGUUUCAUGCCUCCGGAGUGUUGUUCUAUAGGGUAAAUAAAUUUUAUGAGAGUGGAUUAUGUACAUACACUGUAGAUUAUAAAGAAAAAUCAUGUGAAACCGGUUGUACAAUUCCUUAAUAAAAUUAAAGAACUUAGGUAAACUGUGUAUAUAAAUAAUAUACAGACAAUAUUGCUCGUUAUGGUUAAGUAAGUAUUGUAUUUGUUUUCCUUGCGUGAUACAAUUUUAAAUGUAUGUUGUAUUAAGACAAUUUUAGUAAUAAGUAUAAUAAAUAUAUUUUCAUUUGUA